AUGAGCGCUCCAAGUGCCAAAGUCAGAUGUGCUGACGGGUUUCGGCCUCGGUCACGUCUGGGUGUCAGACUCGCAGCUGCCGCAGCUUCGGCUUCCCUUCUCUCCUCAGGGCCCCUCUGCGGCUUCAGCCCCUCGUCCAGCUCAACGGCGAGGGCUCCAUGGCUUCCGCCGAGGACGUCAUGCUAUGGCUCCUUCAAGCUGGACUUAGCGCCACCAGAACUGGGUCGGCCAAAGGUGCCCGAACUGCCCAUGAAGGUUCCUGAACUGGAGCCUGAGCCGGAGAGGCCGCCAGUGCCGCCUCUUCCGCCGAGUCUGCAAAGGAUGCACAUGGACGCCGCGAAAGAGGUAGUGAAGGGUUUCAGGCUGAGUCUUCGGCGGCAAACCGCCAUCGUGCCAAUGGGGCUUGGCGAUGGUGCACUGGGGGCACAGGUCAUCAAGGGCCUGGCGGCGAAGAAGCAGAACUUCCAGGCGCUGGUGCUGAUGCCCAAGGUGAUGCUGGAGGAGGCCAUGGCCAGAUACCGAGCCGUCGCAGGCGCUGGUCUCUACGUCUUGCGGCUGGAGUCCGGGGAUGAGGGGACAGACAUUGCAGCCAAGGUCAUUGGGUCGUUUGCCAGCUUCGUGAUGGUGGGAGCCUACGAGGAUGCCAUCCACUUUGUAAGGGCACACCGGCGAAUGAAAGCCGAGCGGCUCAGCUUGCUGGUUUGCGAGAUGGCGCACGCAGCCUUGGCCGGAGAUAAAGCGGCAUACAAGGCCGUGCUGGCGUGGCACGAUGUCUAUCGUGUGAGCGUCCUGCAGUCGCUCUUCAUCUCCAGCCGGUCCUUGGAACAAGAUCCCGUCAGGGGCCUGGAGGAAGCGACCAUGGAAGUGCCUGGGAUGCCGACCUAUCAGGUGGUGGCGCGGCCGGGGGGGCCCACUGGGCCACAAGUCUUCGACGUGCCGCUCGAGAAGGCGCAGAAGAUGGGUGUCACCGUGCCUCUGAAGCUGGUGGUGCUGCCGGCCACGGGCGCCGGCCUGCUGCAGGGCCUUGCGUCGCUCCAGGAGUCCCUGGGCAUCCAGAGGGUGGAGGCCAUCCCAGAGUCCGCCGGAGGCGGCGCGGCCGCGGCGGUUGAGUUCCUGAACCAGCAGGUGCAAAAUUUGACAGCCGGCCAGUGCGAGGUCUCACCGCGCCAGAUGGGAGUGGUGCCAGAUGCCCUCUUGAUCGCCGGGAACGAGCCAGAUCCACUCUACCUGCUUCAGGCAGUGGGACGCUUGUCCUUCCGCGUGCGGCAGAAGAGGGCGGGGUACUUGCUGAUCCUCGGUGGUUCUGGACCUGCACCCACUGCGGCGUGGCGAGCCCUGUCCGAGCAUGACGCGCGACUUCGGGCAGCACUGCGUCAGGCAGCCGUCGACAGAGGCCGGCUUGGCGGGCCGCUGGACUGGAAGGACCUGCAGCCAGCACUGCAGGACAUUCUGGCGGAUGCGACUGGCCAGGACGGCAAGGCAUCGCAAUGGCUGCAGGCUGUGAACGAAGCAGUGCUGACAGCCGCAGAGAGCUGGGACUUGAUGUACGGCCAUCUUCUGGCCUAUCGCGAAACUAUGGAGGAUCCAACACGGCCAGUGCCUGUCAAUGCGCAGAUCCACGGUGUGGACAUAGGCAAAUGGGUGGCGCGUCAGUUCUUGGAAUGGCGCUCAGGGACGCUCAGUGCGGAGAAGCAAGAGCUGCUGGAGCAGCGGGGCCUCGAUGUGGAGGAAGAGGGGGCCAGAAGCUUUGCAGAAGGCCUCGUUGAGUUUGAGACCUAUGUGAAGGACAGUGGGAGCUCUUACGUCCCUUCGGGCUACUUCAGCAGCAGCGGGUUUCCGCUCUACGCUUGGGCCACAAAGCAGUGGGCAGACUGGCGACGUGGGAAGUUGACCGCCGAACAGCAGUACAUGCUGGACGAGGUUGGAUUUCCACCGGUCCGGCAUCCAGACGAUCCAAAGGCUCAGGAGUACACGAAGACCGUGGAAGCUGUGCUCCGGAAUGGCGCCCAGUUCCCCUACGGACGACGGAAGCACAUCUUCGCCACGCUGGUGCGAAAGUGGCAUCCGGCAGUAUCUCGCCAAGUCUUACCCCAGGCCACCCGCGGCAGCGAUGUCUUGCAGUUUCUCGCUGGAUAUCGUGAGUGGUUUCUCAACCCGCCACCGCCCCCAGCGGCAGCACAAGAUGUUCUCGACACUCUUCCGGGCUUCGAGCCUCCGGAAACAGAAUCUGAGCCGUAG